UCCGAGGAGUCACGUGCCGACGUUACCGAUGGGCUCGUGCAGGGAGAGAUCCGGUCUAGCAAUUAAGCGGCACUUCCGGUGUGUCUCGUUUCGGGUGUGAAAGUGUAAACAGCGCCAGGUCCGCCAUGCCUGCUCUACCGGAGGAGCGGGCGCGCGUGCUGGCGGUGGUGCGCGCGCUGAAAGCGGUCGGUGUUCGCGUGAGGAACUGGAAGAGCUUCCUGCACGGAGACAGAACACCUGAGCAGGAGCCUCCUCAGGAGAACUUUGCCUUCGGGCGAGACCUGCAGCUUCUCCCGCAGCGUUACGUGGCUGAUGUGGAUGGCUCCUUGCCUCUGUUCUUGGUGGAGGUGUGUGAGUAUCUGUCUCAGCACAUGCACACUGAGGGCAUUUUCAGGAAGACUGGGUCUCUCAGCCGCAUCCGAGCUCUCAGGACGGAUCUGGAGAAGGGUGAGCAGAUCUUUCUGCCUCCCCAUGAUGCUCGGCUGCAGCCGUGUGACGUGGCCUCUGUGCUGAAACAGUUCCUGCGUGAGCUUCCUGAGCCGCUGAUAGCGGUGGAGCUGCAGGUGGCGCUGUGCCAUGCCCAGACACUGGAGGUUGGUGCGAGCGAGAGAGCCACGCUGCUGCUCACGUCUCUGCUCCUUCCGGGACACGUCCGGACCCUGCGCUACGUCUGCGGCUUCCUCAGGCGCGUUGCUCAAAGAUGUGAUGAAAACAGAAUGGAGGUGAGCAGUUUAGCUCUGGUCAUGGCUCCUAACCUGCUGCCGUGUUCACCUCAGACGUGUCGUCUCACCGUUCACACAGAGAAGCAGCUCGAGCAGCAGGCCGCAGCCGUCAGAACCCUGAUCCUACAUGCUGAGCGUAUCGGAGUCGUGCCGUCGUUUGUACUGGACACUCCCAGAGCGAUGGAGGUGAGGGAAUCCACCCCACCACUAGAGGGAGCUCUACUGAACAAGCGAGCCAGACUGAGUGUGUACAGCAGCCUGUGUAGACAGAGGAGGAGGAGCGUCGGAGAGAUAUUUGUGGAUGCGUUUUCUAAACUAAAGUCCGGUCGGACGCCCACCGCCCCCCCUCUGAUCUUAGACACCUCACCAGAACCUCCGCUGUCCAGAAGUCCUGCGUCUCAGUCUCCCACCACUGUGAAGCGCAAAGCCUCGGAGCAGGAGGAGAGCACGCCUGAGCUGAGUGGAUCUGCCAGGAAGAGGCGUUCGCUGCACGACCUCCGAGCCGACACGCAGUCCCUCAGCAGCCAGUCUGCAGACGAUUCGACAGGAGGUCCGAGUCCUCAGGACGUGACGAGAAGCGACAGCUCACGCUGCAACGUUUCAGAGAAGACAACUCAGAUCCGAGUGAAGAGGAAAUCACAUCGAGCUUCGAAGCAGGAUGAGCGAGUACGCCGCAGGAGGAGAUCUCUCCGUUUCUUCUCAAUGUCAAGCAGCAGCAACGGCAGUCCUGCGCUCUGUGUGACACCAUGCCAUGAUCCUGAGACGUAUUUCAGCUCCUGCAAAAAAUUCCACAAUAAUAAAGCGACUCUGAGGACCUCGGACAGCGACUCGUCCCUGAAACUCCCCUUAAUACUGAUUGAAGAACCAGGACGAGUGGUGAUCGGGAGUGAAGUGGAGGACGAUCCUGACCUUCUCAACUGCAGUUUUGUGGAGAAUCGUGAAGAUGCAUCCGGUUCAGAAUGCGAGGAAACGUCACAAGGACGUCAGCAGCAGCAGGAGAGCGAGGAAGCGCAUGAUGACGAACACUGGGUUCUGCUCGACGGUCGAAAUCCAGAAGUCAUUGUGAAAUAUGACGUGACUCCUGAAGAAAGCCAGGGACAGGAAGUGGAAUGUCCAAAGAAAGGAGAUGAAGUUAAGAUGGUUGAAGAGGAAACAAAGACACUUUACAAACCCAAAAAGAGGAAAAGCACAUCUAAGAAGCGUUCUGGACCACGUCGCUCCAUCAGCAUGCCCGAGGUGGCAUUAGAUCCACAUUCAGACGAGGUAGAUGAAGUUCAGCAGGAAGUUGGAACAAGUGAGACCUUGUUUAAUGAUGACAUGUGGUCUACGUCUGUCAGUCUGCCCCUCAAAAAAUCUGGAGGAAAAGGAAAGGAAGGGCUGAGGAGGAGAUACGGAACGCUUCAUGAGCGGAAGAAGGAGAAAGCGCCUGAUUCAGAUAUAAAAAAGGCAAAUCCUCGGCUGUCAAUGGCUGACAGGUUCAGGAGCUUCAGCACUCUGGCUUCCUUUCUCCGAACACCGGCGGUUCGUCUGCGCAGACAAGGAGCAAGACGGUUCAGCCGCUCGUUCAGCGAUGAAGCCGUUCAGGAGGAACAGCAGGCCUUUCUGGAGCUAAACAACGAACUAACAGACUCUGAGGAACCCAAUGAGGAACUGCUUCCAGAACAUUCACCAAGACGUUCUUCUUUUUCAGAAGAUCGGACUUUAAUUAGUUCGUCACACAAAUCAGAAGAUGAUGAAAAUCUCCAGAGUAAAGAUUGUGUGAUGUCAGAAACACUAAAAGUGGAAGAAUUUAACCUUGACAAGAUGUUUGAUCAGCAGUGUCACAUCACAGAAACUCGACAGGAGCAGGAGAAAGACUUGGACUCCUACUGGGACGUGCAGUUUGGUGGCUCUACACCAUCGAGCCAGCAGAGGGCGUCGUUCGAUUCCCCUGCAGACUCGUGUGCUUUCACAGCGUCUGAAACCGAGCCGCUGUCUCCACAGUACCAGACGUCUCCGUGUCAGACCUUCAGCUGCCUGUCGUUUGACGGUGUGUUCUCCAUCAGCAGUGUGAGUGAGAAGUGUUCCAUCUCCCUUGACCUCUCACCUCCAACCUUCCAGUUCAGGCCUCAGGGCUCCAGGAGGCACUACAGAGACUCUCCACGCUGGCCUUCUCACGAAGUGCGCAUGACCACGUGGAAACCUUUACCCCUCUAACACGUCUUUACCCUCUAACACGUCUUUACCCUCUAACACGUCUUUACCCUCUAACACGUCUUUACCCUCUAACGCGUCUCUCUAACGCGUCUCUCUAACGCGUCUCUCUAACGCGUCUUCACCCCUCUAAUGCGUCUCCACAUCUUUACCCCUCUA